AUGCUGCAACAGUUGGGCAACUUUGAUGAAGGCUGCUCCGACCUGGCCGAAGGCGAGGUGUGCACGCCGCAGGAGAGCAGCCUACAGCUGCUGUGGACGCUGGGCAUCUUCACGCUCAACUGUGGGCCCGUGGUCAUGGGAUUUGUAUUGGAUUUCCUGGGGCCCAAGCUGACAGGCAUACUGGGGGUGGUCCUGAACAUGGCAGCGCUGGUGCUGUUUGGCGUGUCCUCCUCCGGUGGCGUCAAUGCCUUCAUCCCCGCGGCCAUCUUGCUUGGCCUGGGAAACAUCACCUUCCACUUGGCCCAGUUCCACAUAUCUGCCCUCUUUCCACGCAGCCGAGGCCUGGUGGCCUCUGUUUUUGUGGCAGGCUUCACUGGGUGUGGCAUCGUCAUGUAUCUGUUGAUGCUCAUCUUCGAGAACUCGGGUUCUUCACAGGCGGCUUACCGCACCAUUAUGCUAAGCUAUGCCGGCAUUUGCUCGCUGUGGAUCCCCCUGCUUGCGUGGAUGAUGCCCAACAACUCAUUUAGGGUGGGCAUGGUGUACCUCAUGCGAAAAGAUUGGACGUUUGAGGUUCGCCUGCGGACAGGUAUGCCCUAG